AUGUAUUUUGAAGGUUUCACCUGUACUGGUGUUGGUAGAUCCAUUAAAGCCAAGAAGCUUACACCCCGAUUUAUGGGUCCUUAUGAGAUUUUGGAGCGGAUUGGACCUGUUGCAUAUCGAAUUGCGCUGCCGCCACAUCUUUCCAGUUUACACGACGUGUUCCACGUGUCACAGUUGAAAAAGUAUCAUCCUGAUCCGUCUCAUGUUAUUGAACCCGAAGAGGUCGAGUUGCGAGAUAAUUUGACCUAUCCAACAGAACCAGAGCGGAUUUUGGACGUUAAGGAUAAACAAUUAAGGAACAAAACUAUCCGUCUUGUUAAAGUCUUUUGGAAGGGCAUGAGUCCCGGUGAUGCUACUUGGGAGACAGAGGAACGGAUGCGUUAUGAGUACCCUUACCUGUUUUCUUAG